AUGACGCGCAUGGUGGUGUACAGCGUGGCGCUGGUCGCUCUGGUUGCGGCAACGGCCCUGACUAUCGCCUCCAUCAACUCCCCCCACUGGGUCUCACUCUCCGUCCCCUCCCCCUCCGGCGGCACCGUCACCGACACAGUCGGCCUUCACCAGCGCUGCUCCUCCGCCACAGGCACCUGCCACCACUUCCCAGAGAAAUCGCGCUGUAGCGCCGACGACGAUGGGCGCGCGUUCUGCUCCAUGUGGCGCACCACGGGCUUUCUGAUGAGCUUUGGUGUUGUGGUGGAGUUGGUGAGCGUGAUUGGGUUCUUGGUGAUCUUGGCUGGUGGGCGGCAGAAGAGGGAGGGCGGGUGGAAGGUGCUGGGGGGGUUGUUGGCUAUCGUUGCCGCGGCGCAGUUUGUGGGGAUGGCGAUUGUGGCAUAUCUCUUCGACCACCACGACUUGUUCUUGGUACCGGGCUAUCGGCUAGACUCCUCUUGGUACAUGUGCACCAUCAGCGCAGCCGUUGCUCUGCUGUCUGGAGUUGGCCUGGCCAUCUCGGCGUUUGUGUUGCCGCCCGAGGAUGGAUAUCACUUCCUGGGGGAGGCAAAUGCAGACGGCGUUUGA